AUGGCUGAAAAUGACACAAACAUCAACGGCAAGAUCGCCCAGGUUGAGCAAGUUGUGGCUGCUGCCUUGCGGCCUCUACCCACUCAAACUGGCGAUGGAAGUUAUGUACAGACGCCAGUUGUGACAGGUCUUGCCAAAGACCUGCUUCAUUUUGAUCUGAAAGAUGCCAAAACUUUGGCUGAGUUAGCCAAAUCGGCUGUCACUGGCGAGGCCGUCAACGACAGGGAGUAUAUAAUGGAGCGUGUGAUUCAGCUUGCUGCUGGACUCCCUUCUACAUCCCGAAAUGCCAAGGAGCUCACCAAUACAUUUCUCAACCAAUUGUGGGGUGAUCUAGAGCACCCGCCUAUCUCCUAUCUUGGACGUGAUGCUGCCUAUCGAAAGGCCGAUGGAUCUGGAAAUAAUUAUUUCUGGCCUCAAAUUGGAGCUGCUAACACUCCCUAUGCACGGUCUGUCCGGCCAAAGACCAUGCAACCUGCUGCUCUUCCAGAGCCGGAGGCCCUUUUCGAUAGUCUCCUGGCUCGGAAAGAGUAUAAGGAACACCCGAACAAGAUUUCUAGCGUGCUGUUCUACCUUGCUUCUAUCAUCAUUCAUGACCUCUUUCAGACGGAUCCUCGGGAUAAUACAAAGUCGUUAAGUUCCUCAUAUCUGGAUUUAGCUCCCCUCUAUGGAAACAAUCAGAAAGAGCAGGAUUCCGUGAGAACAUUCAAGGAAGGAAAACUGAAGCCAGACUGCUUCUCCACCAAACGAAUUCUGGGAUUUCCCCCAGGCGUGGGAGUACUUCUCAUUAUGUUCAACCGUUUCCACAACUCUGUUGUCGCACAGUUGGCAGCUAUCAAUGAAGGUGGACGUUUCACAAAGCCUGACGAGUCUAAUGCUGAGGCCUACGCCACCUGGGAUAACGACCUCUUCCAGACUGCACGCCUGGUCACCUGUGGUCUGUAUGUCAACAUUAUUCUAAAGGACUAUGUCCGAACAAUCCUCAACGUCAACCGAACCGACAGUGUCUGGAGUUUGGAUCCCCGCGCAGAAAUCAAGGAUAGCUUACUUGGCGAGGCUUCUGGGCAGGCUACUGGAAACCAAGUAUCAGCCGAGUUCAAUCUUGUUUAUCGCUGGCAUUCUUGUAUCUCGGCUCGGGAUGAAAAAUGGUCAGAAGGUCUGUAUCAAGAGCUGUUUGCUGGACAGGAUUCAAAAGAAAUUAGCCUCCAGCAGUUCGCUCGUGGCCUUGGUCAAUGGGAGGCGAAACUCCCAGCAGAUCCCCAAGAACGUCCUUUUGCCAAGUUGCAACGCCAAGCAGACGGUACAUUCGACGAUAACGAUUUGGUCAAGAUCUUCCAAGAGAGUGUGGAAGAUCCUGCAGGUGCCUUUGGUGCUUUGAAUGUCCCCGAGGUGUUUAAAAACAUCGAAGUUCUCGGCAUCAAGCAAGCCCGUUCUUGGAAUCUGGCCACCUUGAAUGAGUUCCGCCAGUAUUUCAGUCUGGCUCCCUACAAAACCUUUGAGGAGAUCAACUCAGACCCGUACAUCGCCAAUCAGUUGAAGCAUUUCUACGAUCACCCCGACCUCGUGGAGCUCUACCCAGGUCUUGUUGUUGAAGAGGCGAAGCAACCCAUGACCCCCGGCAGUGGCCUUUGCACUAACUUUACAACCUCGCGGGCUAUUCUUUCAGAUGCGGUUGCCUUGGUCCGUGGUGACCGCUUCUACACCGUUGACUUUACCCCGAAGCAUCUCACUAAUUGGGCAUUCAACGAGAUCAACAAUGACGUGUCUAUCGACGGUGGUCAGGUCUUCUACAAGCUGGCUCUCAAAGCCUUCCCCAAUCACUUCCGGGGUGACUCUGUUUAUGCGCACUUCCCAAUGGUUGUGCCAGACGAGAACAAGAAGAUCUUGACUAGCCUUGGCCAGGCUAAAAUCUACAGUUUUGACCGACCUUUUUUCAAAGCCCCACCCAUCUUCAUCAAUUCCCAAUCUGCUUGCGCAGCCAUCGCCAAUGAUCAAGCAAACUUCAAAGUUUUGUGGGGCGAGAAGAUCACAUUCUUGAUGGAGAAUAGUGGCCGUCCCUAUGGUCGAGACUUUGCCUUGUCAGGCGACCUCCCUGCCAACGCGAAUUCCCGGAAGAUGAUUGGUGCUGCUCUACAUCGUGAUAAGUGGGAGUCUGAAGUAAGAGCGUUCUAUGAGGAUAUUACUUUGAAACUUCUCGAGCGGAACUCUUUUAAGGUUGCCGGCGUUAACCAGGUUGACAUCGUUCGCGAUGUUGCUGAUCUCGCCCAAGUCCACUUUUGCUCAAGUGUCUUCUCUCUAUCUCUAAAAACAGACUCGAACCCACGAGGCGUGUUUAGCGAGCAGGAGCUAUACCAGAUUUUGGCCGUUAUCUUCGCCUGUAUCUUCUACGACGUUGAUGUGUCGAAGUCUUUCCAACUAUGCCAGACUGCUCGCAAGGUUGCACAGUCACUGGGAGAGUUGACACUAGCUAACGUAGAGCUUGUCUCUAAGUCUGGAUUCAUUGCCAAUAUCGUGAAUCGCCUUCACCGUCAUGAUAUCCUGAGCGACUAUGGUGUUCAUAUGAUCCAGCGCCUACUUGACAGCGGAUUGCCGGUCAAGGAUGUUGUCUGGUCGCAUAUUCUUCCCACGGCCGGUGCAUUAGUUGCCAACCAAGGCCAACUAUUCUCCCAGUGUAUCGACUAUUAUCUUUCCGACGAGGCGGCGGAACAUCUGGUCGAGAUCCAGCGCUUGUCCAGGGAGGAUACUCCCGAGGCCGAUGAGCUCCUAGUGCGAUACUUCAUGGAAGGAGCGAGACUUCGGUGCUCAGUGGCGUUGCCACGUGUGGUCGAUAAACCGACGGUGAUCGAAGACAAUGGCGAGAAGGUCAUGUUGAAGGCUGGCCAAGAAAUUAUCUGCAACAUGGUUCGUGCAGGAAGAGACCCUGUCGCAUUCCCCGACCCCGACAAAGUCCGUCUUGACCGUGAUAUGAGUCUGUACACUCACUUUGGCUACGGUCCUCAUCAAUGCCUGGGUGUCAAAAUGUGUCCUAUUGCACUUUCUACUAUGCUCAAGGUCCUUGGGCGACUAAACAAUGUCCGUCGUGCCCCUGGUCCUCAAGGUCACCUGAAGAAGCUCGAUGGACUUGGUGGAAUCGCCAUGUAUAUGGAUGCCCAGCACAGCAGCUUCUCUCCGUUCCCCAUGACCAUGAAAAUUCAGUGGGAUGGAGAUCUCCCUGCCAGGACGAAGUAA